UGUUUACACUUGGGCCCAACACGAGGCUCCCGACCUUCUAGUUCCCUUCUUCUGACCCGGGGCGGCGGACGAGGCCGAGGCCACCGACGGCGACGAUGGGCGGCGGCGAGGGCAAGUCCAGGAAGCGCCGCUCUUCUCCCUCCUCAGGGGAGGAAGAGGGGAGGGAGCGGAGGAGGCGGGACAAGAAGGAGAGCAGGAGGAGCAGCCGUGACGACAGGGAUGAUGACGGCGACAGGCACAAGAAGAGGAAGAAGGGGAAACACAGCGACAGGGACAAGGACAAAGGCAAAGAGAGAGAUUCGAAGGAUAGGCAUUCUAAGGAGAAGGAGAAGAGCAAGAGAAAAGACAAGGAUGCUGUAAGUUCUGUCUUCAAAGAAAUAUCCAAGGAUGACUACUUUGCAAAGAACAAUGAGUUUGCUACCUGGUUGAAGGAAGAAAAAGGCAAAUAUUUCUCAGAUUUGUCUUCAGAGUCUGCUCGUGAUCUGUUCCUAAAGUUUGUGAAACAAUGGAACAAAGGAAAGCUGCCAUCACAAUACUAUGAGGGGAUUACGAGUGGCCCACGUUCAGCACACAAUUGGAACAUCAAAACAUGAUACAUUUUCUGCUUCAUCGGGUCCUUCAGCUUGAGACAUUUUGUGUUCUCCUGGCGAGAUUUUCUUAUAGUUGCAUGUGGCAAUGGCUUUUAAUGUUCUAGGUUAUUGUAUUUAAGCUGAUGUGCAUAAUGUCUAAGGCAGGACGGUAGAUCGUGGGUCUCUCUAGUAUCCAGUGUUUAACAUUAAUGCUAGUUUUUCAAUUAUUACUACUGUUAGAUCCUGACAAUGAGCAAACAUACUGUUUCUGGGGGAAGGAUGUGUUCUGUUGUUAAGUGCCAACAUACAUUGAUUUUCUUGCAAUGCUGAUUGCUAAUAUUUUCUACGGCAACCUUA